AUGGAGCAAAUCUCAGACCUCAUUCGAGACUCUAAACUAGAGACACGGUUUCUUCCGCACUGCGGAGUGGAAACGGUUCACACAUUCCGGGAGUCAGACCCAGCUUCUGGACAGCGCCUGGUGAUCAGAUCAGAGCAUUGGCAGCGACAAAGAAGGAUUGGAGGUGGUGGAUUUGGAAGCGUUUGGCUAGAGAGACGUGUUAAAGGUGGACGGUCAGCAGCCACCGCAGCGCAAGAUGGCGCCGUCCGAGCUGUUAAGCAGAUUGAUAUGGAUACGCGACUUGGGUCAAUUGACUAUAACCGUGAGUUGGAGGCAAUAGCUAAGUUCUCACAUUCUCGCUAUGAACAUUGCUUUGUCAAGUCGUUCGGCUGGUAUGAAGGGCCUGGUCAGCUCUUUAUAGCUAUGGAAUACCUCGAAAUUGGCGACCUUUUCACGUACUCAUAUCAAAAACCAGCGCUACCAGAGACCGAAGCCAAAGAUAUUACAUAUCAGAUUCUCGAUGGUCUGGAUAUGAUGCAUGAAAAUGGGUUUGCUCACCGAGACUUGAAGCCAGGUAAUAUACUCAUCAAAUCAAGCCCUCCAGCUAAGUGGUGGGUUAAGCUCGCAGACUUUGGUAUCACCAAACGCAUAGAAGAGGGCCAUGGGCCAUCAACGACAAAGGGUACCCCAAGAUAUUUCGCCCCAGAGAUGUGGGGUUUCAUUGAGCCAGGCAGUGCCUAUGCCAUUGAUAUUUGGGCUCUUGGAGAAAUUCUGUUUGAGAUGCUCACCAAAAAACCUGCAUUUGCGAAUACCGGAUUGCUUGCACGCUAUCAAACCCAGGAGCAGUUCCCAGUCGCCAAGCUCAGGGACGCUGGUGUCAGUCAACAAGGCAUUGACUUCCUUCUUUCACUCAUGUGUCUUCACCCUAAUGAUCGAAUCACGGCUUCAUCGGCUCUGUCAAACGUGUGGAUACAACCACUGAUACCCCAAAACUCCAUAACGGUUAUUCAAGGCAAACCGGAAAUUCCUUAUCAAAUUACAACAGUAACUGAAGAAUUUGCGUCAUGGGAUACGGAACUUUCUGUGGAAGUACCGAAGACUGUCGUUCAUGACUUGCCUAGUUCAACUACCACACCACAACCGGAAAACGGUACCCAAGGAAAGGCCAGUGAAGCACAGAGAAAGGAGACACUCUUUCCCUCGGGGAUCUCAAGGCCACAAUCUAUACACGAACAAGUCGAGGCCUUUGAUCCCAGUCCCACCGAGUUUGCAACCUGGCAUAAAGAAGGCGUCUCACUCUACAAUCAAAAUCAAAUACCAGAGGCCGAGAUUAUGUUCCGAAAAGCUCUCCAAUGGCGAGCGAAGGUGCUAGGCAACGAUCAUAGGGACACACUCUUGUCUAUACAAUGGCUUGGUACCUCCCUCUUCAAAUUAGGUCGGUAUGAAGAGGCUGAGGCUAUGUUUCGACAAGCUCUUGAGGGGCGAGAGAAGGUGCUAGGCAAUGAUCAUCCAGAUACACUCGUUUCUACACACUCUCUUGGUGCCUCCCUCUUCCAAGUAGGUCGGUAUGAAGAGGCCGAGGCUAUGUUCCGAAAGGCUCUACAAGGGCAAGAGAAGGUGCUAGGCAGUGAUCAUAGGGACAGACUCGUGUCUAUACAAUGGCUUGGUGCCUCCCUCUUCAAACUAGGUCGGUAUGAAGAGGCCGAGGCUGUGUUUCGACAAGCUCUUGAGGGGCGAGAGAAGGUGCUAGGCAAUGAUCAUCCAGAUACACUCGGUUCUACACACUCUCUUGGUGCCUACCUCUUCCAAGUAGGUCGGUAUGAAGAGGCCGAGGCUAUGUUUCGACAAGCUCUUGAGGGGCAAAAGAAGGUACUAGGCCAUGAUCAUAGAGAUACAGUCGGUUCUACACACUGGCUUGGUGCCUCCCUCUUGAAGUUAGGUCGGUAUGAAGAGGCCGAGGCUAUCCUCCAGCGAGCUCUUGAAGGGCAAGAGAAGGUGCUAGGCCAUGAUCAUAGAGAUACAGUCGGUUUUACACACUGGCUUGGUGCCUCCCUCUUGGAGUUAGGUCGGUAUGAAGAGGCCGAGGCUAUCCUCCAGCGAGCUCUUGAAGGGCAAGAGAAGGUGCUAGGCCAUGAUCAUAGAGAUACACGCUCCACCAGAGAAUACCUGGACCUGGCCCUCGCCCGCAGGCGCUCCUAG